GCAACCGGCGCUUUUGUUGCAGUCGGCGACCAGAUCACAACAAUCGACCAUGCCGUCUGGUGAAAUUUAGGACAUCCGACGGGGGCGCAGAUUCUGUCGUGACCAAAAUAGGUUUUUCCACGACAAAUUUUCCAUCAUAACUUGCAGGAGUAAAAAGGUGGAUGUCUGCCUUCAAACUAGGCAUCGUCCGACUCGGUCGCGCAGCGGGAAAGAUGAAAUACUCACUCCUGGAUGAGCAAGACAUUUCUCUUGUGGAACGUUAUGCAUUUGAGGCUCGUGUUGAUGUAUGUAAGGACGGUAACGGUGCUAGUGUCUUUGCCUACACCUACGAUGUUCAGAAAGGACGCAAUUCGGGCUGCUAUCUUCAUGAUCUUCUGUGGGAAAGGCAUCACGGGCCCAUACCAGCGGGGCUUCGGGUCAAACACAAGAAUGGGGUAUCUGUAGAUAAUCGUUUAGACAACCUUCAGCUGACUGUCAUUAAUCCAUCUUCAAAUUCCUCCACGGAGGAACGACACAGGGUCCUUAGGGGUGCAGAGCUGCAGGAACACAGCCUUUACUGGAUAGCAAUACAACAACUUCCCACAGAUUCCUUUGAAGAGGUUCCGUCGGUGCUGCACCAUUAUUUCAAUGCCAACGGUGAGAUUAUUGAGGGUGAGGAUGAAAGCACCACAUACUUUGAGUGCCAUUACCCGCCAUGCACAAAAAUAGAAUCCGAGCUGCGGGAAUUCAGCAUCUGCGGUCGCUGCCAAGAAGUGCGCUACUGCGGAACGACAUGCCAACAGAGAGACUGGACACUUCACAAGAAGCGCUGCCGAGAACGAAAGAAAUCGAAACCCUACGAGCGACCCCCAGAUCGCUAACGAUGCACACUGCUCAGAGAUGUAAUAUAAUUUGCCAUAUGGUCCGUGCUCAUUUUUUGGAUUUUACAAGUUAACACCACGGGGUCAACUCCAUCAGCAUGUUUGCUUGAAAGCUGUCUAAGGCCGAGUCCGAAAUGGGCUUCCAGUGCUACGGCUACGUCUGUUGUCAGUGCGUCCCUGCGUAUUUUCAGUGGGCCUAGACAUAGCUCUAGACAGCUGAUUCGGAUGCAGCCUUAACCCUAACUCCGUAGAGGGUGUGCAAAAUCAUAUUGAAAUUGGAGGAUUCAGGACUGUUACGGCUAUUCUUACAAAAUCGUAUACACUUGGCAGUAAACCACUAACACAUUCUUUGUUUUGUACUUCAAGGACACAAACGUUGGUGUUCAUGUGUGUAGAUAGAGGGCUGCACGUCAUGAAUCCAUCAAAUACUUGAUCAGGUGCUAGAUUUGGAUGGAUUUUUUGGCGCAUUCAAUAACUGCAAAUGUGAAAAAAGUGAUUCUGUUAACCAGUUCGUGCCGGAGCCAUAAUAACACACACUGGCUGUUUUUGUGCCCAGGCACGGCUGACGGAUUAAUAAGACUUCAACAUUGCCUCAACUCGCCUCUGGGUGACUUCUAAACACACUAAUCCCUUGUGCCUUUUGUACACACACACACACAUAGUCCGUGUUGUCUGUGGAGGCGGACCGUGUGCUGACCGUUGUGGGCCCCUUGUGCACUGCCUAUUGUUUGUACAAUUUACGCUCCAGUGCACACCCCGCAGCAUUGAAACAUAUGAGGUUUUGGCAAGAAAUAUUGUACAAAUACUGUUGAAAUCAGUCUUGCAAAUCAAUAUAUGUGGCGUUUGCCUGUAUAUCAGAAGUUGGCUGGGAAAUUUUGCCUUUUGAAAAUCGGCAAAAAUAAACCCGGCGCGAAGUGGUUAAAGAGAACAUUUUGGAAAGGUAAUCAGAAAUUGUGUUAGGCCCGUCUCAAUUCGUAUCAGGACGAGUUCUGGACAAACUGCGGGUAGAAUCGUUCACUUUGUCCCCAAAAAGCUCUGCAUUUGUCCUGGAUAUGUCCCAGGGAAAUGUUCAUAAGCAACUGCUUGACCCGCCAAUACCGAUUACUUCAUUGCGGGAAGAUUGCGGGGAAGUUGUUCAGAAUCCUGCAUAUGCAACUUGUACCUGUUACAAUGUCUGCAACUUGUCAGGAACUCAUCCCGGAUAUGAAUUGAGAGGGGCCCUUACAUGGCAGUGAAAUACUAAGAAAGCGUGCGGUAAAAAAUCUCAUCAAAAAUGCUUAGGUGUUACACAUUACAGCUGUUUUUGGUUGUGAGUUUCUCAUGGUAUAGGCUUCAGUUCCAGCUGGUUUGGAAUUGGAGUCACGGCCACUUGUGGAAUUCAUUCCGAAAGUUGACCCUCAAAGCAACCUUUUACACCUAUUCCAGAGAAAAGAUUAAAAGUCAGAUCCAAAAAUAAAAUCCAAAUGAAAAAUUGGGAGACAGCUAUCAUAGGGCUGGAAAGAUGGAGUGCUUGACAGCAUUCCAAAUGUUGCAAGUUAAAGUUGAGUAUCAAAAAUGAGUAUCACCCCUACUGUUACCUACAGUACCAUAACGCUCCUCUUGACACAAUCCAACAACAUGUGGGACAAUCCUCAUGCUCCAUUUGCCAAUUGAUCAGGAUAUUGUUAGAUUUUUAUAGUUGAUUUGUUAUUUGAAGUACAACAGUAUUCACUUGUCUGUGAUAAGUUUCCAUAUCUUAAAUAUAAUAUCCUUGGGGUAUGCAAGUCCUAUUUAUAAUGUACAUGUUCCACUUUUUUAUCUUGAACAGUUGCCUAAAGUUUGAAUACCUUUGUACGGUGAGGAACUAUCACUGCCUGUUUGUAUUAUUGUGCUUACUUAAACAAGGGUCUUCAUUACAAGUGUAGUUGAAUACACGUCUGGAUUUCAUCUUGUAUACACAUGGAUUGCCAUAUACAUGUACACGGAUUCUCCAAACAAGUUGGGUGGGUUGGUGUAAGCUGGAACACAUGUUGCAGUUGUGUCCGCACAAUGGAGUCUUUAAGUCAGUCAGAAGCCAUACGCAAGUCAGUCACAAGUCACUUCAUAAAGACACUAGCUGGUCACAACUCCAGCCACCGUCAGUCACAAGUUGAUCAUAAGCAUGGAGCUAUAUUAAAUUGCUAGAGCGCUAACUCCUCAUUCUUACGUGCGGAGAUACUUUGAAGCUGUCCUGAACGCAGACACUUUGAAUUCAUGUGCGUGUUUGUAGAACAAAAUGAAAUUAGAUGGAGUGAAUUUUUGAAAGUGCACUCUAAAUGCAAUGCCCAAAAAACAACAUAUGCAAGCAACUUAAGCGUGUCAUGAUGGUUAAAAAAUUUCACAGCAAAAAUCAUCUUCAGCGGAUAUGCGCACGCGUUUGUGUUGUUUGUGCAGAGCAAAACCUAAAUGCUCAUUUACUGAUUAAGCGUUUCGGUGUUGCGCAUAUCGGCUUCGAUAAUGCACCUGUAUAGAAUACAAAUGCAGAAAUACAAACGGAAGCCGUACAAAUUUUUGAGUUUUCCAUAGGUUUGUGCACAAACAUGGAUGCGCCAAGCAGGCAUCACUUUGUACAUCGAGUCAGCGCUCGAGUAAUUUAAUAUAGCUCCAUGGUCGUAAGUCAGUCACAUGUUGGUCACAAGUCAAUCUUAAGUCAACCACAUUAAUCACUAAAGUCAAGAGAUAGCUGGUGAGAUGAACUUCAACAGGAAUUCCCUUUUCACUGCCAAUAUGAUGUGUUAGCGAACCUACUUGUAAUUUGGUUUGACGACAACUCUGUAUUAAAUGUGACCUGUUCUGUCAAAAGCUGCAGAGGUUGAAAUUGAGAUAGGGCCAAAAAACGCUGUGGGGGUGAUUUUUUUUCCAUUUUCUAUAUUUUGCAUAUUUGUAAUCCUGAGC